AUGUCUCAGGAUCAAGAGGUUGAAUCCAUGACCAUUUGGGAAGCUUUUCUCACUCCAAGGCUAUUCUAUCACCGACUUCGACCCUCCAAGGGCCAAUGUGUUCUCCUUGGCUACCAAACAAACCUUGUAUCAAGACAGUUUGGAUUAGUCCAGAUGAAAUCCAAAUGCUUGUAUGACAAGAGGAACCACAUGUGUCUAUACACUUUACAUCUAACUGAAGAAGAGUUUUCAACUACAGCCGUUGCUCGAAAGAGAAAGAUCAAAGAAGCCGCCGUUCAAAAGGAUUCUGGAGUUUCGAAGAGCAACAAGACAAGUGGGAGUGAUUCUACCACGAUCGGCAAGAAUCCCACGACUUCGAAACCUGCGGUACAUUUGAAGCGAAAAGCUUCUCACACAGUUGUUUCAGAGGAUGAAGACAAAUAUCCUCCUCGCACCAGGCAAGGACACAAGAAAAGACAGAAGGCUGUCACUCCUUCAGACAAAGAAAAGGGGUUUGGUUCUUCGAAGAUUACUUCGCCAAGUGAUAAAGACGAUGCUGGCACAACUACUUCCAAUCUUAAGGCUUUCGAUCUCGCCAUUGACUUUGAUAAUCUCCAAAAUUUUUCUCAAUACCAAUCUCACGUGCUCUCCCCAGUCCUCGAAGAUACUCAACCUCUUGCAACUAUCAUUCCUACUACGGCAGUUGAAGAAAGCCAUUCAACUGAUGAUUCUCCUCCUACUCAUACGAACGACAAUAUGGGAGAAGAUCGUCAGGGUUCAGGUAGCGUCAAUGCAGCUGAACAACCAACUGGUAGUGAAGAUAAUGUGUCUGAACAAAAUGCUAUGGAAGAAACCUCUAAAUUGGCCAAAACCGAUCUUCACGAAACUUUGACCUUUGGGACCCUUCAGUCUAACAUUCUUCGGAAGCAAAAUGUUGACGAACAACUCACUGCGAAGAUGACUUCUCAUAGUUCUUCAUGGAAAGCUGCUACUGAUGCAACAAAAAAGGGUGACGCCCUUAAGCUAAAGCGCUUGAAGAAUCAAGAAGUGUAUGACGAAUGUGAAAAGAAUAUCAAGUCCUGGAAACAGGAAAUUAAAAUGCUCGAAGAGAAAAUAAAGGAGGCUGAGUCUCGUCAGAUUAGAAACAUAGAUGAUCCUCAAGAUCUCCAAGAUGACAAUGAGCUUCAUUAUGAUCAAGAAGACGAUGAUCUUCAAUAUGAUCAAGAUGACGAUUCUCACGAUGAUGAUUUUCAAGAUGAUGAUUAA